AUGACGACCAUGGACUUGCGCGUCGGUAAUAAGUACCGCAUUGGCCGUAAGAUUGGGAGCGGUAGUUUCGGCGACAUCUAUCUCGGCACCAACAUUAUCUCUGGCGAGGAAAUUGCCAUCAAGCUUGAAAGCGUCAAGGCCAAGCACCCUCAACUCGAAUAUGAAGCCCGUGUCUACAAGUCUCUUGCCGGUGGUGUUGGAAUCCCGUUCGUUCGCUGGUUCGGUACCGAAUGUGACUACAACGCCAUGGUUAUCGAUCUCCUUGGACCCAGUUUGGAGGAUCUCUUCAACUUUUGCAACCGCAAGUUCUCGCUCAAGACGGUCCUUCUCCUUGCCGAUCAGCUCAUCUCCCGCAUCGAAUACAUUCACGCCAAGUCAUUCAUUCACCGAGAUAUCAAGCCCGACAACUUCCUGAUGGGCAUCGGCAAGCGUGGAAACCAGGUCAACGUGAUUGAUUUCGGUCUGGCCAAGAAGUACCGGGACCCCAAGACACACUUCCACAUCCCUUACCGUGAGAACAAGAACCUCACAGGAACUGCCCGUUACGCCAGUAUCAACACUCACCUGGGUGUCGAGCAGUCUCGCCGUGAUGACAUGGAGUCCCUGGGUUACGUUAUGCUCUACUUCUGCCGUGGCACCCUUCCCUGGCAGGGUCUGAAGGCUGCUACUAAGAAGCAAAAGUAUGACCGUAUCAUGGAGAAGAAGAUGACGACCCCCACCGAGGUUCUCUGCCGUGGAUUCCCCAAUGAGUUCUCCAUCUACCUCAACUACACCCGUUCCCUGCGCUUCGACGACAAGCCGGAUUACUCGUAUCUCCGCAAGAUUUUCCGCGACCUGUUUGUCCGUGAAUCAUUCCAGUACGACUACGUCUUCGACUGGACCGUCUACAAGUACCAGAAGAACGCCGCUAUGAUUGUAGACGCCAAGAAGGAUAAGGACGCCGAGGACCAGCAGCGUCGUCAGGCCGGCGGCAACAUGCCUCUGCCUGCCAACUCGUCUGCCCCCAAGCCUGGUGCUAUCUCCAGCCAGCGUCGCAAGAUCAUGGAACGUGGAACUCUCGACCAAACUCCGGAUACCAACCGUGCUGUGGGAGGGAGCGACAGGAUGCUGCGUUCUGCUUCUAAGGUUGCUGCUUCAGGUGCUCAUGGGCCUGGUGCUAGCCGCUCGAAGCGGGACGAUGGGCUCGGUCCUCAGUGGUAUUAA